AUGGCUCCAGGCUGGACUUCAUAUGCUGGCAGAAUUCAGUACCAAACAUAUGAUGUGCUUACUCUCCUGAAAUCCGGUCAAGACAAUUGUAUAGGUGUCCGUGUGGCAGAAGGGUGGUUUUCUGGCCGACUUGGAUUCAGGGGUGGCCACCGUGAUACUUGGGGCUCGGUUAAUGCGCUCCUAAUGCAGUUAGAGUUGACUUUCCAGGACGGCGCAGUAAAAACUGUAGCAACCGAUCAAUCUUGGAUGGUCACCCGAGGUCCGAUCAGACUCGCUGAGAUUUAUGACGGCGAAAAGUACGAUGCCACGCUCGAAGUAGUCACGUUGUCCGCGCUCCCAGAAGCCACACAACUCGUGGCCAGUUGCAGUGAACCUGUACGACGAACGGAAGUGAUUAGACCGAAGGACAGAAUUGUGACUCCAAGUGGGAAUAUCAUUCUAGACUUUGGUCAGAACCUUGUCGGAUAUCUACGGUUGAAAGAUAUCUGUGGCCCUCGAGGUCACAAAACUACCCUGCGCCAGGCCGAAGUGUUGGAGAACGGGGAGCUUGGAACACGCCCGCUUCGAUUUUGCGACGCACUUGACCAGUAUACUCUGAAGGGGUCUGAAGAUGAACAGCCAGAGAUAUAUGAACCCAGAUUCACAAUUCACGGGUUUCGAUAUGCCCAAAUUGAUGGAUGGGUUGGUGACUUGGACUUAGCCACGGCCUCGAAUGCUAUUGAAGCCGUGGUAUGCCACACUGAUAUGAGAUCCAUUGGAGGAUUUUCUUGUUCAAACAGGCUCUUAAACCAGCUUUACAAGAAUGUGGUUUGGGGUAUGAAAGGUAACUUUCUUUCAGUUCCGACAGAUUGCCCGCAGAGAGACGAGAGGCUUGGUUGGACUGGUGAUCUAGCAUUGUUUGCACCGACAGCAUUGCUGAUAUAUGACUGUACCAGCAUGAUUAGAAACUGGCUAGUCGAUGUCGAGUUCGAUCAAGAUGUUCUCGGAGGCGUGCCGCCUAUGGACUGGCUUGACCCUACGGCACCACCUGAUCAACCUUGGAAGGGUGCAACUGAUGCGAGGAUGGUAUCUAAUAUGUUCCUUAUACACAGCCUCGAUCUUAUGGUGCAAAUCUCUGCUAUUCUCGAUAAAACUUCCGAGGAGGAGUUCUAUGCAAAAGAUUGUCAAGCCGCGCGAGAAGAAUUUCAGGCCGAAUUUGUUACAGCAAACGGCCGAGCUGGGGAGCGGUUGGUCGAGCUCGUGCGGAAGAAUGAAUUCAAAAUCAGCACGGGUUUCGCGGGCACACCGUAUGUUUGCGCGGCCUUGGCAGCCACAGGUAAUAUUCAAGUCGCAUAUGCAAUGCUCUUGGAGAAAAACUGCCCCUCCUGGCUGUACCCGGUCACUAUGGGCGCUACAACAGUAUGGGAAAGAUGGGACAGUAUGCAUCCGGACGGCUCUAUUAAUUCUGGCAACAUGACGUCUUUCAACCACUAUGCAUUUGGCGCCAUUGCUAAAUUCAUGUAUGAGAAGGUCGCCGGCCUGCAGCAGCUAGAGCCUGGUUGGACAAAGUUCCGCAUUGCACCAUCGGUAGGCGCUGAUUUUGAGAGUGCCUCUGCAGUGCAUGAGUCACGGUAUGGGCUCAUCAAGUUUUCUUGGGAAACCAAGGUCAUGAACGGGGGCAAGGAGGAGAUACUCUUGGAAGCAACGAUUCCCAGUGGCACGCGGGCGGAAAUUGUUCUUCCACAGGACGAUGGAGAGCUAAGGCAGGAGGUCGGAUCCGGAAGAUGGAAUCUUCGGUCAACAUUUAUCAGAAACAACGGCUGGCCUGUCACGGCCUUGCCGCCCAAGUCAUGA